GAGACCUAUAACCGACCGUCACAGCUUCAACAGAUGAGACACGUGGGGAACAACUCAAAGUUUGAAUUUUACUGACGCACGCUGCCUAUAUUGUAGUUUCCAGAUCAUUAUCCAGCAAGGACGCUCUAACGCAAGGAUAUUAUUUCUCAAGUAUCCCAGACUGCCGAAAGAUGCACUGGACCGCCUUUUUAACGUGUCUGCUCACCGUAUCCCUGAUGAAUCAAGUGAGUGGCUUGGAAACUGUCACUGGAAAGUAUGGAGACACUGUUGAAAUCCCAUGCAACAAUGGACGCAUUACGGAAAAGGCUGUCACGUUAGUUAAAUGGAAAUAUAACAACGAUGGCAACAUUCUGGUGAAACAAAUUGGUCAGAAUGCCAGUAUUACAGAGGACGAGAACUACAAGAACAGAGUCAGUAUCAAGAACGAUUUAGGGCUCAUCAUCAAACAAGUGACCAUGGCAGAUCAGAAGACCUUCACCUGCAUGGUGGUGGGGACUGGAGACAUUUUUGAGUACCCCGUUCAACUGGUCAUUUACAAGGUUCCAUCUCAACCUCAGAUUACAAAUCAAACGACUACGAUGGCAGUUGGCAAACUAACUAAGUUAGCGCAGUGUCGUACUGAAGGUGCCAAUCCAGCUGCCAACAUCACAUGGUUCAAGAACAAAACUCCACUUAUGGCUGAUGGCGCAGCCAUUAAAAUCACUGCAGCUGUGGUUGUUGAUAAAGAGACUGGUCUGUCUGCAACAACUUCUGACCUUGAGUAUACAGCAGUGAAGGAAGACAUUGAUGCCAGUUUCACUUGUCAGGUUCAACACAUCCGGUCAGCUAACAUGGAUUCCUCCCCUCUUAUCUUCACUGUGAACUACCCUACUGAGAAGGUCAGUCUCCAAAUGGUGUCCCAGGGUCCUUUUAAGGAAGGGGACAAUGUGACCCUCAAAUGCAUGGCAGACGGAAACCCUCCACCUUCUAGCUACAUCUUCUAUGUGAAGGGAGAGAAAAAGACAGUGGAGAAUUCCAACACAUACACCUUAACUAAUGUCACCCGGGCAAACACUGGAGAAUACAAAUGUUCACUGGUGAACAAUGAGGAUAUGGCAGAAUCUGUAUCCAUCACAGUUGAAUAUCUUGAUGUGGCUCUUAGCACUGCUGGUCGAGUUUCCAAGAGACUUGGCGAGAGCUUUGAGGUGACAGUAGACGUUAAAGCUUCAGGAACACCACAAAUAUCUUGGAGAAAGGGCAAUAACGAUCUGAAUAGACUGCCCAAGUUCGACAAGUUGAAGUACUCAGACUCUGGUGUAUAUGAGUGUGUUGUUUCCAUGGCUGGCCUCAAGAAGACACAAACAUUUGAAUUAAUAGUUCAAGGUUCUCCAGUGAUCAAGGGCCUGACCAAGGCACGUGAUGGAAACAAGAACAAGGUCCUGUCUUGUGAGGUUGAAGGCUUUCCAAAACCCACAGUACAGUGGAGUGUCAAUGGCACAAAAGUUGAUGAGACUGCUUAUGUGGAUGGCAAAGUCACAUACAAAAUCACUAUCGUUCCAAAGGUCAAUCUAACUGUGUCCUGCAUGGUCUCUAAUGCCUUGGGCUCUGUAAAUAAGAGCAUUGAUGUGUCACCACUUUUUGAGGACCAGACAUUUGCCAAACAAGAUCUGAAAAAUGACAAGAGUGACCAGACUGUACUGGCUGUUGGCAUUGUUUUUGGCCUGAUUGUGGCCCUUAUUGUGAUGGGAGUGGUCUACUGGCUAUAUAUGAAGAAAUUCAGGCAAGGAUCCUGGAAAACCGGAGAAAAGGAAGACGGAUCAGCGGAGGAGAGCAAGAAGCUGGAGGAGAAUCAAAGCCAAAAAGCUGAUGUGUAAUGUCAAAGGAGCCAUUCAGGGAUUAAUUUGAGUAAUAAUCCCUUUUUCCAUGAGAGAAGGAGUGAAAAAAUGGUGGAACAUGUGGAAAAAAAAAAAUCUGAAGCCGUAAUGGAGGACCUGAGUAGCUGUGUCAGUUACAUCACCACCGUCAUCUGUAACGUGUCUGCCUCCCCUGUGUCGAGGGAUUUAAUAAAUAAUGUGUGUUGUAAAAUAUGUGAAUCUUUUGCAUUGAAGAUCAAGCCUGUUCAGAAAUCUGUGUCUGUAAAGUGUUCAUUCAUAAUGUUGAAUUUCAUGUGAUGGGGAAUUUUUUUUUUUGAGUGUGCGUGUACCAGGUAUUUAGUUAAUUCAAAUUUAUAUUUGCAUUUUCACAUGGUAGAAACACUGUGGCCUUUAGUAUCUGAAAGGGACUUUUCCUGUAGAAUUACACAUAGUACCUAAUCUGUGGCAUGAUGUGAAGCAUGAUUUUCAGAUUUAUACUGAGCACUUGGCUAGUUUUCAGGUCUUAAGUCAAUAAGCAAAAUUACAUCCCUAUACUAUACUUAUUGGGAUCUAGAAGACCAUUAUUUACCAAUAUUUAGACUUCUAAUAUUAUAUAAUAUUAGACCCCGUUAAUAUGAAGUUAAAAUGACAAGUUACAAUUUGUGAUUUCAGAAGUAAAAAGAUGCAGGGACCAAUGCUUGUUUGUUAAUGAAAACCAUGCCUUUUGCUUGGAUUGUUUAGCAUAUCAUUUUCAAUGACUAAAGACCAUGUUAAUUUAGGAUCUUAUUCUUGUUGCCUUUUUCAGGAAACUAAAAAUCAUAUCUCAAUAAUGUUUAUAUACACUCCCUCUUUUCUUUAUCAUCUGUUUUGUGUCUUCUUUGUUUCAUUGUUUUGUGGCAAAUUGAUCUGGUUUAAGCAUUACUUGUAAAUAUGGUAAACUUUUUUUUAUGUUCUAUUUAUAUUGUUAAGGUUUAGCUAAAUGCCAGUGUUUUGACAUUACAGUAGCUAGUUUUAGUAAAUUUUCCUGAAAACUCCAUUGUUGUUGAAUGGUACAGUACAAUUGAUGGUAUUUACUUGCAAGCUUUAAAAUUGUGAAAAUCUUUUAGCUUUCAGUUUAUGUAGUGGUGUUGCUGCAUUUCCACACUUCAGUGCUUAUUCUGUGCAUUUAAUCCACCAUAAAACCAAAGAGGUUAAAUGUGGUCAUGCAGGUAUUGUACAUAAUGAACAUUGUUUUGUACUCCUAGUUCAAAUAAAGUGUACAUUUUUAGGAAA